AUGGGAAAGAAGCAGCAUCAGAAGGACAAGUUAUACUUGACCAAUUCCGAAUGGAAAGCUAUUGGAGGACACAAAGAUGGUAACUUGUACAUUUUAAAGGUAUUUCAAUAUGUUUUAAUCAUUCAGACACUGGUACGCGGCUCCAGAGAGCUCAAUUCAAGCGCUUGCCCAUUAAUCACUGUUCCUUGUCGCUUCUUCCCUUCGAAAAUCCUGUUUGUGCUCGAUCUGGAGAAAUCUUCGAAUUGACGUGACUAUUUUUUUAAAUCAUCUCUAAAUCAGCGUUUUUUUCAGAGCGAUCUUGCCGUACGUAAAAAAACACGGCAAAAAUCCGUGCACAGGAAAACCGCUGACCGCCAAAGAUCUCAUUCAUUUAAAGUUCGACAAAGGAGAAGAUGGAAAGUUCCGAUGCCCCGUCACAUUCCGCACUUUCACUGAUCACAGCCAUAUACUGGCAAUCGCGACAACCGGAAAUGUGUACUCGUAUGAAGCCAUUCAGGAACUCAAUCUGAAGAGAAACCAUUUGAAAGAUCUGCUUACCGAUGUUCCUUUCACUCGUGCGGAUAUCAUUGAUCUACAAGAUCCGAACCAUUUGGAAAAGUUCAACAUGGAACAGUUUCUGCAUGUUAAACUUGACCUGAAAACAUCGGAGGAGUUGAAAAAGAAAAGGAAGCGAUGAAGGAUCCAAAGUUUUACAUCAGAAGAAUGAACAAUGCGUGCAAGUCAGUUCUGGAUCAGUUGGAGAAAGACUACGUACCAAAAAAGAACGAAGUUGAAGAGGAUUCGACUGCAGACGCAAUCAACGCGGCGCAUUACAGUCAAGGAAAAGUAGCGGCCGGUUUCACUUCGACCGUUAUGGCUCCAGUUACGAACAACAAAGCGGCAGUUCUGGACGAUGACACCGUCAGAUACAACAGAGUGAAAAAGAACGGAUUCGUGCGAUUAGUCACAAACUUCGGAGCAUUGAACCUCGAAUUGUACUGCCAGAAGGCUCCAAAAGCGUGCGAGAACUUUAUAACGCAUUGCUCGAAUGGAUAUUAUAACAACACGAAAUUCCAUCGAUUAAUCAAAAACUUCAUGCUCCAAGGAGGAGAUCCGACUGGAACCGGGCACGGAGGAGAGUCCAUCUGGGGAAAACCGUUCGCCGACGAGUUCAUUUCGGGAAUGUCCCACGACCAGAGGGGCGUUCUUUCGAUGGCCAACAAGGGAUCGAACACGAACGGAUCCCAAUUCUUCAUCACUUUCCGACCGUGCAAAUAUCUAGAUAGAAAGCACACAAUCUUCGGAAGACUUGUCGGAGGACUCGAGAAUCUGACCACCAUUGAGAAAUUGGACACGGAAGAAGGAACAGACGUUCCGACGGUGCCACUGGUUAUUAUGAGGGCAGAGGUGUUUGUGGAUCCUUUCGAAGAAGCGGAAAAAGAAGUUCAAGCAGAGAGAGCUGAAAUUCUGAAGAAUAGUGAGCCACCGAUAGUAACUUAAGAAAAAUUAAUUUAUUUCAGCUUCGAAAGACACUGCCUCGUUGGCCAGUAAGAAGGAGAAAGAAGCUGCGAAACCGAAAGCAGUCGGAACCGGAGUCGGGAAGUACAUGCAAUCUGUGACUGCGGCCAACAAACGACACGGCCAGAUGGAUGAAGUCCCCUUGGAGGCCGCCAAGAAGAAAAAGUUCGCAAGGGCCGGACUCGGAGACUUUUCCGAGUGGUGA